GUUUCAUGAGUCAGACUGGGCUGUUGCGAGUUUCUUCUGAAGAUGUACAUGUUGGUUGAAAACCGCUCAAGUUUCCAUCUUCAUCUGAAGAGGUCACCUGGCAUCCGAUCUUGGUCUCUCUUUGUUGGAAUAGCCUCCAUAGGUUUGGCUGCUGCUUAUUAUAGUGCAGACAGCUUGGCAUGGAAACUCUUCUAUAUGGCCGGGUGUUUCUUUGUGGCAGCACAGAAUCUGGACCAGUGGGAGGAAGCUGUAUUUGAUAAGAGCAAGGGAACAGUCUGCCUGAAAACAUUCAAUCUUUACAAAAAAAUACUGACCUUCUCAAAAGGAGGCAACGAACAAGUAGUGGCUCUACUGAAUGAGAUCCGAGAUGUGAACGUGGAAGAGGAGACAGUGCGAUAUUUUGGGAAGGGUUACCUGGUUGUGCUACGAUUUGUCACUGGAUUUUCACACCCACUGACUCAGAGUGCAGUGUUGGGCUGUAGAAGUGAUGUGGAAGCCGUUGCCAAACUCAUUACUAGUUUUCUGGAACUGGACAGAAUAGAGAGCCAACAAGAUCUCUCUCAGAGCAGUGAAACGGAGGCUAGUGAUGCGGAUGAACCACAGGAUAAAUAUCAGUAGUCAUCGUGAGCUGAGGAAAGCAGAGGCUUUCAAACAUCUGGAAAAGAUACUGAUUGAUCUUCAGAAAAAGAAAUCCCUCACAAUCUUGACCUGGGCAUUUCUCUACAUGUGCAUUUAGAAUGGGAGGAAUGUGUCUUAGGGCACCUUUUUUAGUGCGAAACUGCUUCAAGGUCCACGUUCCCAGUAUUGCCAUUGUAGAGUCCAAAGCAAAUUCU